AUCUAACUGGCUUGGUACUGGUACAGAUCACAGAUCUAACUGGUCUGGUACUGGUUACAGAUCUAAGUGGCCUGGUACUGGUUACAGAUAUAACUGGCUUGGUACUGGUUACAGAUCUAACUGGCUUGGUACUGGUUACAAAUCUAACUGGCUUGAUACUGGUUACAGAUCUAACUGGCCUGGUACUGGUUACAGAUCUAACUGGCCUGGUACUGGUUACAGAUCUCACUGGCUUGGUUCUGGUUACAGAUCUAACUGGCCUGGUACUGGUUACAUAUCUAACUGGCCUGAUCUAAUUGGCCUGGUACUGGUUACAAAAUCUAACUGGCUUGAUACUGGUUACAGAUCUAACUGGCCUGGUACUGGUUUCAGAUUUAACUGGCUUGAUACUGGUUACAGACCUAACUGGCCUGGUACUGGUUACAGAUCUAACUGGCUUGGUACUGGUUACAGAUCUAACUGGCCUGGUACUGGUUUCAGAUUUAACUGGCUUGAUACUGGUUACAGACCUAACUGGCCUGGUACUGAUCUAACUGGCCUGGUACUGGNAUCUAACUGGCCUGGUAAUGGUUACAGAUCUAACUGGCCUGGUAAUGGUUACAGAUCUAACUGGCCUGGUAUUGGUUACAGAUCUGACUGGCUUGGUAAUGGUUACAGAUCUAACUGGCCUGGUAGUGGUUACAGAUCUGACUGGUCUGGUACUGGUUACAUAUCUAACUGGCCAG